AUGUCUUUAAAUCCAGCCCAAUGUUUUCAAAGUGUACCUGAAGGAUUCCACAGUGCUGUUGAUGAUUUGAAUAGAGUUCAUCCAGAUAUUAUCAAUGAAAUGUCGCACAAGACAGUCAUGUUUAUUCUUGGUAGAGGAUUGGGAUGUUACGUUGAUGAUUAUCAAUCAUGGAUUUCUACAGUUAAUAAUCAAACACUUUCCGAAAAACAAAUAGAAAAUGUUAUUAAUCUUUUAUUGUAUAUAUUCCGUACAGCAAGACAAUACAGAGUACCACUUGCUGAAUUUCCGAAAUUAUUAAGAUCAACAACACAAAUUCAAGUCAACAAGAUUAAAGUCAUGUGUCCAGAGUAUGAAAUUUUGUUGGCUGAAACCAAGUUUAGAGAUGAGGAUAAUGGUGAAAAUACAGAGAAUAGUGAACAAAAGAAAAUUUUGGAUGAUUUUGAAUUACCUCGUCUGAAACAUUUGGAUUGGAAGUUGAGUAUUUCUACAUCAUCAAGUGAUUGUGAGGAUUUACAAACAGCUAAAGUCACUGUUACAUUGUUAAUGACCAAUUCUCAAAGAAAGACUAUUGAUUUGAGUUUGAGUGAAUUUAAAAAGAUGUAUUCCGAAUUUUCUGAUAUGGCUGGUUUAAUUGAUUCUCUUUAA